CUCGAUGGAAGCGGCUUGAAUAUCGACUACCAGACCGUCCGCCUUGCUAUGGACCGUCAUUUUCUCGGGCCACCAAAUGGCCUGUCAUUGGAAAACUUCAACAUCGAAGCUAUCUCGACCAGUGGCAGUGUUCUCCCUUGGCAAGAAAAAUGGUCCGCCCGCAUGAUCAAAGAUGAGCUCGGUUCCGACACCACUCGUACGCUAAGUGGCGCCGGCUGGGCUGACAAAGCGCCGGGAGACGCAUUAGACAAGACACCGCGCCAGAUUUGCGGCCAUAUCAGGACAGCUCGCCCGGACUUCUCUUCGGUCAAUGCCCUUCGCCGUCCCUCUUCCACGUCCGCGGCCUUCUUCACACCGUGUCGUGGCCUUGUCGACUAG